UUAAAAACCCAUAACCUCAUCUCUGUAGGGUUUUAAGUUCCAACCUCAAAGAGCCAUUGAAAACUCUCUCUCGCUCUCUCUCUUUCUCUCCAUCAAUGGCGUCUCUGUUCUCCAACCCCAAUUUCACACCCAUUUCCCACUUCAUCAAACCCACCACCAUCACCAACCCAACUCGCGUUCUUCUCUAUUCCAACACCAAACCCUCAAAAUCGUCAACCCCAUUCACAGCCAUUUUCUGCUCCUCCUCCAGUCCCCGAUCUCGGCCUACCUACAUCCCCAAUCGCAUCCCGGACCCCCACUACGUCCGCAUCUUCGACACCACCCUCCGCGACGGCGAACAGUCCCCCGGCGCCACCAUGACCAGCAAGGAGAAGCUCGACAUCGCCCGCCAGCUCUCCAAGCUCGGCGUCGACAUCAUCGAGGCCGGCUUCCCCGCCGCCUCCAACGACGAUCUUGAGGCCGUCAGAGUCAUUUCUCAGGUGGUCGGUAAUUCGGUUGAUGAGGAUGGUUUUGUGCCUGUCAUUUGUGGCCUUGCUCGAUGCUGUAAGAAUGAUAUUGAUGCUGCUUGGGAGGCUAUCAAGUUCGCCAAGAGGCCCAGGAUUCAUACUUUUAUUGCUACCAGUGAAAUUCAUAUGAACAACAAGCUCAAGAAGAGUAAAGAGGAGGUUUUGGAGAUUGCGGUCAGUAUGGUCAAGUAUGCCAGGAGCUUGGGAUGUGAUGAUGUUGAUUUUAGCCCUGAAGAUGCUGGACGAUCUGAUAGAGAGUUUCUUUAUCAUAUUCUGGGUGAAGUUAUUAAAGCUGGGGCUACAACUCUGAAUAUCCCCGAUACUGUUGGCUAUAAUAUGCCUAAUGAAUUUGGACAAUUGAUUGCUGACAUAAGAGCCAACACACCUGGAAUCGAAAAUGUGAUUAUUUCGACACACUGCCAUAAUGAUCUUGGGCUUUCUACUGCCAACACAUUAGCGGGAGCAUGCGCAGGGGCAAGACAAGUGGAAGUUACAAUUAAUGGCAUUGGUGAAAGAGCCGGUAAUGCUUCAUUAGAGGAGGUUGCCAUGGCCCUUAAAUGCCGUGGAGAACAAGUGUUAGGAAGCCUUUAUACCGGGAUCAAUACACAACAAAUUGUUAUGUCAAGCAAGAUGGUAGAAGAGUACAGUGGACUGCAUGUGCAACCACACAAGGCCAUUGUUGGGGCUAAUGCUUUUGCUCAUGAAAGUGGUAUCCAUCAGGAUGGAAUGCUUAAACAUAAAAAUACAUAUGAGAUUAUAUCUCCUGAAGAUAUUGGGCUUCACCGGGCUAAUGAGUCUGGCAUUGUCCUUGGAAAACUCAGGUAUGCUGUACCAAAUUUCUACUUGGCAGAUUUCUGCUUCCUUUUUCUUUUCCUUUUUUGGGCCUUUCAACUUGUUUUUGUUUGUUUUGUUUAGUUCUUUUUACUUCUUACUACCAAUAUAUUAAAUGUAUCUUCUUGAUGUUUUCCUCCUUCAACGAAGCAUAGAAAAUGCAUGUUUGCACAUGCUAAGAUAUCAUCCUGCAUCUUGCACUAUUGUAGUAGAUGUACUGUAGACUAGAUCUCCAGAAAAUGGGAUUGAGUGUUUGUAUCUGAGCUCAAAUUGUAUUUGAAGAUAUACAUGUGCAACAAAACACUUUUUCAGUGAGACCUUGACAAAACCAAAGUUAUGUAAUC